AUGCAGAGUGUACCCUUAGACAUUUUGUAUUCCUCGUCAUUUGACUUCACCCGGGCAAGCGGUUUUGCGGCAGCUUUAGUGGCGGUGUGCCGCGGAUCUCCUAGCGGAUUCCUCCAUUGGAUGGGGGUCCUGUGCAGCAGCUGGGUUACCACCAGCAGAGGCUCCACGGGACGUUCGAUGAUCAACCCAGCUGGCUGUCAAGGCUUGCCAUCUGUUGACGCCUCAAACUUGAUGGCUUGGCGGGUGGCGCUCCUCUGCCUGGCCACUUCGGCCUUGGGGGGGGUUUGGGUAAUAGAACAACCGGGGAGUUCCAUCCUCAUCGAAUCGGACCCUAUGCAGAUGGUCUGCGGCCUGCUCCAGGUAUUCAAAUGCCGGUUCUGGAUGUGGCAUUAUCAAUCAAGGACAGCAAAGCCUACAGUAUUGUGGUCUCCCAGCUCAGCAAUCAGAACUUUCUGGAGGGGGCGCCUCAACUUGGCCGAAGUCCGGGCUGAGAAGCAGGCCAGGAAUCCGCAGAACCGGCAGGCUCCUACGAGAAAAUACAAGGAUGCUGGGGGCCGACAGCGGUUCCAAGGGACAAGCGAGUUGAAGGGAACAGGGAAGUACACUUUCAAAUUUGGGGCCAAAAUCGCGGAGGAGAUGAAGACUCUUAUUUCCAGAGCUCCCCGACCUGUCUUUCAGGAUGCUGAUUUAGCAGAGGCCACUGACAUCUGGGCAAACUGGAGUUGGGAUGAUUCCUCAUGGAGCUCAGCUGAGAUGCUGGAUGUAGUCAAAUAUUUGUACGGUUCAAAAGAUUUGCGUAUUCCGGCUAAAUGGAGGCCACUUCUUCCGGAAACCCUCUAG